UCAAGUCACAGGCAAACGACACAAUAUCUACUUUCUGCUGAAGAUUAAAUGUAUCUCAUUUAAAUCCUGUUGUUUUUUUGUUUAGUUUUUUCUCUUUAGUGAGGCUUGCUUGUUUGAGUUGGCUCGACCGUUCAUUGUCGAGUUUAUUUCUACUCUUUAGUUUGUAUUUCGUUUUAUUUUGUUGCGGCGUGAGAUUGUUUUGGGCGUAUUGUUGUUUUCCACACCUGUCUGACCUUACUUGGUAAUGUCAAAACUGUUUUUGCUCACAAAACACAAUUACUCACUUAAUUUUGUCAGCAGAAGUGAAAAGUGUGGUGAAGAAGAAGAGAAAGUGUGCUGAUAUCGAUACUUCUGGUGGUAGACAUGGAUCCUAUGGAUGGAGGAAUGCGUUACACUCCCAAUUCUUCGAACAAGGACUGGGACCAAGCUGUCACAUUUUUGCCAGCGUCAGACAAUAAAAAGCUGGAGAAGAAAAGGGGUCCUGGGAAGGUUGGGAUCAUUGUUGGCCUGGUGAUCUUGGCGGCCAUUUUGGCUUUGAUAAUUGGGCUUGUGGUCUGGCAUUUCCACUUCCGUAAGGAUUUGAGGUUACAGAAGAUUUACACCGGCUCCGUUAGAAUAACCAAUCAAGAUUUUGUGGAUGCGUAUGAAAAUCCGGAGAGUAACGAGUUUAAAAGCUUGGCAAACCAAGUGAUGGCUCAGCUGAAAUCAAUGUACUCUGAGUCUUCACAACUGGUGAAAUAUUAUGUGGGAUCCAAAGUUCUUGCCUUCAGUGAGGGCAGUGUAAUAGCUUACUACGAGUCAGAGUUUAAUGUUCCUGUGGGGCAGGAAGCUGCAGUGGAUCAGGCUGUGAUCAACUUGAGUGAGAUGUAUAACACCAAUAAACAACGGCGUCUUGUGGAUAAACCUGGUGUCCUAGUAUUCGACCGCGUCAUCUCUUCAGCUCUGGACACACGUAUGUCGGCAAAAGGCAGGAAAUUAGAGAAUUAUGCCCAGCACAUCAGUAAUUCUAAGGAUGAGAUCAUUAAAUCACCUGGUUUCCCUGAUUCCCCGUAUCCUCCAAAUACUUUGGUACAGUGGCAGCUGCGGGGUGACCCAGGCCACGUUCUCAAGCUGGCUUUUGACACCUUCAACCUUGAGCAAAACUGUGGAAAUGAUUUAGUGAGAGUGUAUGACUCUUUGGUCGCCAUUGACAAACAUCUCAUGGCAGAGAAAUGUGGCUACUAUUCUCCCAGCGAUCCCCUAACCUUCAUCUCAUCUCGAAAUGUUAUUCUGGUCACCUUGAUAACCAAUGAGGUUGGGAAUUAUCCUGGCUUCAGAGCCCGUGUCACCCAGAUUAAGCAAGAUAGCAAUGAUCUCCAAUGUGGUGGUAAAUUGACUGGAUCCUCUGGUGCAUUUACAUCACCACACUUUCCCAGUUAUUACUCUCCCAAUACAACAUGCCAGUGGGACAUUGAGGUUCCAGCUGGAAAAUUCAUUAAGCUGAAAUUCCCAAAGUUCUUGGUGUCUACAGGGGAACAGAAUUCUUGCCCAGGAGAUUAUGUAGAGGUGACUGGUAAGAGCAAACUUUGUGGGCAGAAGCCAGCUAAUACCAUGGUUACCAGCAACAGUAACAAGAUGACUGUUGUGUUCUACUCCAAUUCUUCACAUGUAGAUCGAGGUUUUAAUGCCAUUUAUGAGGCCUUUGAGCCCACCGACCCCUGCCCGGACCAGUUCCAGUGUGACAACAAACGCUGUGUUAACCCAACUGUGCGCUGUGAUGGCUGGAACGAUUGUGGUGACAGCAGCGACGAGAAAAAUUGCAAAUGCGACUCCAGCAUGAUCCAAUGCAGAAAUGGCUUCUGUAAGCCUCCGUUCUGGCAGUGUGAUGGCGUAGAUGACUGUGGAGAUUUGACAGAUGAACUUAAUUGUGGAUGCAAGACUGGGGAAUUUAAGUGUAAAAAUGAUCAGUGUGUGUCAGAGAAACUGAAGUGUGAUGGACAGCAGGACUGUAAGGAUGGCUCGGAUGAGGAGGGCUGUUCAAGAGAUAUGACCUGCACAGUCUCAACUUUUGCGUGCGGUAAUGGCAAAUGCAUCACCAAACAGAACCCUGAGUGUGAUGGGCAAGAUGACUGCGGCGAUAGAUCUGACGAAGCCAUGUGCAACUGUGGCAAGAUAGCUUACAAGAAGUCUCGCAUUGUGGGCGGGCAGGAUGCAGGGGAGGGAGAGUUCCCAUGGCAGGUCAGCCUCCACAUUAAAAACAUUGCACAUGUUUGUGGUGGAUCACUGAUCAACGAUCGCUGGAUUGUGACUGCUGCCCACUGCGUGCAAGACGACGGCAAAACCAGGUAUUCUCAGCCGGGCACAUGGGAGGCAUACCUGGGACUUCACACACAGAGAGCAAAACAGGCUGCAACGAGGAGAAACAUAAAACAAGUGAUUGCUCACCAGUCCUACAACCACUACACCUAUGACUUUGACAUCGCCCUUAUGGAGCUGGACUCACCCGUGACCUUCAGUGAGACCAUUCGCCCCAUUUGUCUUCCCACUGCCAAUGACGUCUACCCCGCUGGUUUACCUGUCACCAUCACUGGCUGGGGCGCCACAAGAGAAGGGGGCUCUGGAGCAACUGUGCUGCAGAAAGCACAGGUUCGCAUCAUCAACAGCACGGUGUGUGAUAAACUAAUGAAUGGUCAGAUAACAUCUCGCAUGACGUGUGCCGGCGUUCUGUCAGGAGGAGUGGAUGCUUGCCAGGGUGACUCAGGCGGUCCCAUGUGCUAUUCAUCCAAUGAUCGCAUGUACCUGGCGGGAGUGGUGAGCUGGGGUGAUGGUUGUGCCCGCAGAAACAAGCCAGGCAUCUACACAACCGUCCCGAAAUUCCGUGGCUGGAUCAAAGAGAAGACGGGAGUAUAGCUUGUGGGUUAUGGUGGACUCUUGAGAAAUUGUAUGGAUCUUUUUUUUUUUUUCAUUAUCUGGUCACAAAUAUUUUUAUGACACACCAGAAUAACCCAGAAUAACUUUGCAGCAUAGCAGCAUGGUGCACUCCUUUGCAAUGUCUUUGAGGACAAACAGAUGGACUUUUUAUGAUUUGUGUUUGGCAUUUGUCCAAUAACUGUUUUAUAUAUUUGUAUAUUUUAUGAGAAGUGGUUUGAGGGUUUUAAGCUUGAAAUGUGUAAAUAAAUGUCUUCUCUUAAAGGUUUUGUUGUUUUUAGUGACUAAGUUGUUUAAGUGAAGCAGUGAAACUCAACUGUUAGUUUUUUUUUAAUGUGAAUGAUUUAUUUUUGUGUGGGUCUGUUGGUCUGAGAAGUUUAUUUCUGGGUCAUACAUGCUUAAAUGUGAACAUCUUCAACCUUCUUCUGCUUUUUGUCAGUAAUGUACAUGCUGUAAUGUGUCGUGAUUUUAAACAAUCACAUAUCACAGAAACACUGUCUUGUGUGCCUCAAAAUAUUUGCAAGUCUUGGGUGCAUUAAAUUUGAUUCAGGGACUAUGUUUAACACUUUCAAAGUUAAUCUAGCAGCAAAUACAUUGUUUCAUAUACAGUGAUUGAACAAUUUAGCUAAAUUUCACAAUGAAAUAAAAACAUUUAUGUAAUAA